AUGUCGAAAUGGGGGUGGUCCAAUCCCCCAGAUAUGGCAACUUGGGGUGAUUUCAGCGAGAACUCGGUAUUUGUGGAAAACACAAUUGUCAACUUGAUUUGGGACGCACCUACGGAUACGGCAUUUUCGAUUAGGCUGUACCAAGCCGAAACGGUGGACGGCAAUGCAACCAAUACCUAUCAGUACAUUCUUCAAAGCGUGAUAAAUCGCACCGACUAUUCAUGGCGAGUAACGCUUGAUGAUAGUAUUAAACUGAGCAAGUCAAAUGUCUUCAUGUUGGCCACCUACAAGGAAGGCAGCUCCCCAGUCCAGGCUACAUCGCAUUACUUCAACAUUUCGGGGUCGAGUUCCGACGCCACAACCACUUCAGGUGGCUCUACCGCAACGACCGGCACCAUAUCAGUGUCUUCUACCGCCACUACGACAAGUGAUCCCGAUGCCACUGGUACAUCCACCCCGUCUUCGUCAUCGAGCGCCUCGAGCGGCUUAUCGACAGGUGCCAAGAUUGGCAUUGGUGUCGCUAUUCCCGUCGCCGUCAUAUUGGGACUUAUUGCGGCAUUUUUAUUCUUCUACCGACGCCGCAAGGCGCGUCAGACCAAGGCCGCGGCCGGCGGAGGCGGCCAGCCCUCCGAGAUGCCCGCCAGUGGAUACAAUGGAUACAACAACGACGCGGCCAUUGCGGCAGGAAAGGCAAAGCUACCAGUCUACGGUGGCGGCGGCGUCACCGAUGGGUCGUACGCCCCGUCAAACAUGACGGAGAACCGGUCCGAACUUUACAGCAGCAUGGCCGAGACGCCGAAUACGCCACAUUACGAAAUGUACUCUCCCGCCCAGGGGCAUCCUCAGACCCAACAGCAUUACGAACUGUACACACCCGCACCAGGGGAUAGGCUCUGA